AUGGAAACGGCGGCCAUUUUUAAAGGAGUCGUACAAAAUAUAUUGAAUAGAUGGAGCGGAUUAAAAUUAUCAGUCGAACAUCAAUCGGGAGGAAGGCAAAGCAAAGAGAAAGCCCUGUACUUGAUUGAUUACAUAAACGAAGUUUUAUUCACGAACAACAAAAUAGAAUGCGAAGAUUUAGAAGAUUUGAUAUCGGAUUACAUGGACAGCGAAUUGGAAACGAUUUUGGAAGAUGAUUCCGUUCGAGAAGUUUCCAAAGUCAUACUCCAGCUAUUUGAUUUGUUUCAAAAUGGAAAACACGACGAAUUAAGACUGGAAAUAAAUAAAUUACCACAUUGCGAUCUUUGGCUCGACAUAUCAUAUAAUCCUCCACAUCCUCCUCCUAGGAAAAUUCACGAUGACAGCGAAGAAAGUAGCGAAAGCGACGACGACGACGUGGACGGAAGUAAAGAAGAAGGAGGAGGAGGAGGAGGAGGAAUUGAUGAACCCAUGGAUUGCGAAUGGACGGAAGUGACGUACAGGAGAAAACGAUGA